AUGUCCAACGAGGAUCGCUCCAUCUGGGCCUAUAACCCUUCAUUUCCUUUGGCAGUUGUAGGCUGCGUCAUCUACGGCCUCUUGUUCGUUGCCAUCACUUACACCACUUGGAUCAAGCACCGUGCGUGGUUCUUCUCCGCCGUCGUUGUCGGCGCUGCGAUUGAAGUGGCGGGUUACGUAUGUCGCGCCUACUCGGCUAAAAACCAAUCUGUCCUUGCGCCAUACAUAUUGACCCUCACUUUGACUGUUCUCGCCCCAGUCUUCAUCGCUGCUGGUAACUACCUCCUCAUCAGCCGCCUCAUACUAUGUGUCCUCGCGCCCACGCACCAUCGUAUACUUGGUAUUGCCGGUCGCCUCAUUACACCCAUCUUCGUCACCUUUGACAUUCUCUCGUUUGUCGUUCAGGGCAACGGUUCAGCCAUUGCCAGCACGGGUAAUUGGAGAGGCCCCAAGGAAAAGGUUGGCAGAUACACAUUGAUUGGCGGCCUGUUGCUGCAGCUCCUCGCUUUCGGGCUGUUUCUUGCCGUGUUUGGCCGUUUUCAUUUCCUGGCCAAUCGAUUCGCCGUACCUGAUGCGCCUGUUGGCUGGCGCAGGGUUGUUCGCGCCGUCUACAUCUCCAGCAUUGCCAUCAUGAUACGCUGCAUUUAUCGAGUCUGCGAGUUUGCCGAAGGUAUGCAAGGCUACGCUUUCCGCACUGAGUGGCUCUUUUGGGUGUUUGAGACCAUCCCAAUGACCUUUGCCAUCGGAGUCUUUUGCGUCUGGCAUCCUACGCAAUACCUGCCGCGCAGCACUCUACUCUCCAAAAAGGCCGGAGAAAAGAAGCAGCUCUCGGGAGAAAUGACGACAAGUACGCCUGAAUCACGCGAGCAAAUGGUCUGA